CGGAGAGAGCGCCGCCAGAGAGGGGCGCCGGAGCCAUGACCCUUCGCCGACUCAGGAAGCUGCAGCAGAAAGAGGAGGCGGCGGCCGCCCCAGACCCCGCCGCUCGGGCUCCUGACUCGGAAGCCGCUCCCGCUGCUCCGACCCCGACCCCAGCCUCGGGCCCCCCUGCUGCAGCCGCCAGCCCUGGGACCCCCGGGGACGAGCUGUACGCAGCGCUGGAGGACUACCACCCCGCCGAGCUGUAUCGCGCGCUCGCGGUGUCCGGGGGCACCCUGCCCCGCCGAAAGGGCUCAGGAUUCCGCUGGAAGAACCUCAGCCAGAGCCCUGAGCAGCAGCGGAAAGUGCUGACUUUGGAGAAGGAGGAGAACCAGACCUUUGGCUUUGAGAUCCAGACUUAUGGCCUUCACCACCGAGAGGAGCAACGCGUGGAGAUGGUGACCUUCGUCUGCCGGGUUCAUGAGUCCAGCCCUGCCCAGCUGGCGGGGCUCACACCAGGGGACACCAUCGCCAGCGUCAACGGCCUGAACGUGGAAGGCAUCCGACACCGGGAGAUUGUCGACAUUAUUAAGGCGUCUGGCAACGUUCUCAGACUGGAAACUCUGUACGGGACAUCAAUCAGGAAGGCGGAACUGGAGGCUCGUCUGCAGUACCUGAAGCAAACCCUGUAUGAGAAGUGGGGAGAAUACAGGUCCCUAAUGGUGCAGGAGCAGCGGCUGGUGCAUGGUCUUGUGGUGAAGGACCCGAGCAUCUAUGACACGCUGGAGUCGGUGCGCUCCUGCCUCUACGGCGCGGGCCUGCUCCCGGGCUCGCUGCCCUUCGGGCCUCUGCUGGCCGCCCCGGGAGGCUCCCGCGGGGGAGCGCGGCGGACCGGGGGCGACUCGGACGAUGCAGUCUACCACACGUGCUUCUUCGGGGGCGCUGAGACGCCUGCGGCCCCGCCGCCGCCGCCGCCCCCUCGUGGCAGCGCGCUCUGGACUGAGGCCCGCGAACAGGCCCUGCGCGGCCCUGGCCUGCGCAAAACCAAGUACCGCAGCUUCCGCCGGCGGCUGCUCAAGUUCAUCCCCGGACUCAAUCGCUCCCUGGAGGAGGAGGAGAGCCAGCUGUAGGGGCGGGGGCGGGCGGGGGAACGUAUUUAUUUAUUUAUUCUUUCCAGCCAGUGCAAAAAGGGGGCGGGGGCGGUCGCUCGGCCGCCACGGGGACCCCAAGAGCCCAGAGCAGCGGGAGAGGGUCCUUGGCAACCCCAGCUGGUCCUGGCUAGUCUCUGCAGAGUGGUGAACCCCAGCCCCAGGCCUCUACUCGUCCUCCCCCAAACUACACUGGGAGGUGGGCACAGGCGAACCGGAGAGUUCGGGGUUGGGAGAGGUUCGGGGGCCCAAAAUGGGACGUGCCGUCCUACAUCUGGGUCAGUAGUGCCUUGUGGGGUGUCCAGGAAAACUCCUCCUCCAGGUGGGGGGACCCUGUCCCACGAAGCCCUCUCCUCAGCUUUACUUGCUCCCCACCCUUGGCCUUGCGGAUAAAUGGCCUCCGCCCGGUCAUUCCCCUGCCCACCCCACACAGACACAGUUCCAAGUAUCCAGUGGGAGCCUGAGGGGCCCAAGGUGUGGUCUCCCUCCCUCUCAGCCUUGACCCUUAAGGGCUUGGCCCCCCUAGGGGCCUGUAACUAAGUGGGGUCCUCCUGGGCGGGGGUCCUGGGUCCUCUGCCCUUGGGAGAUAGGAAUGGGCACAUCCGGGUGGGGUGAGGCAGUACAGACUGUUCCACCGUUUUGCAUAUUGUUGCUUCUGAACCACAAACUGUAUAAAAUGGACGGUUUUUUGCA